UGCCGUCAUUGAUUGAAUCAAACUUCCUUAUGUAUUGUACAUUAAAACCUAUUCAAACUUACGAGCUUCAAUCUUUGUUUUUUCAAGCCGUCGUAAAUGCCGUUGAAAGCGAGUAAUCUGAAGCCCCAUUCCUUUCACGCGUUGUAUAGUAUUUGAUUGUCUUCCAAGAAUUUCCCAACAACUUUGGACUCCGACUUCGAAUAACGGAGGUGCUGUAAUGGACCCCAGACACUUCUCAAUGACAGUGACAUUCUGCCGUGAUUGAAUCGGAAUCACCUUCGUGCAGAUUGACAGUUGUUGAAUUUUUCGAGCGGCUACAAUGGAGGUUUGUAUAAAUAUCUCUGUUAUAGCGUGAAGCAAGCAUUCGAAUCCCCCACCACCGAAUCCUUGCAGUCGCCUCAUAGACAUGAAGUUCACCACUGUUCUCGCUUUUGUGUUUGUGUUCGUUGCCGCUUCUGUCUCCGCGACGCCUUUCCGGGAAACUAACGGAGAGCGUAUGGCUCGUGGUCUUCCUCCUCUUCCUCCUCAGAAGCGAAGUGGUACUCCCGUAUACGCUGCCAAACGGACGGGUCCCUCGAGCUCUCCUGGACAAUGCACCACUGGACCUGUUCAGUGCUGCAAUUCUGUCGGGACCGCCGAUGACAGUGUGAUUGGGUUAAUCCUCGGAUUGCUAGGAAUUGUGCUUGGUGAUGGCGUGCUUGCUGGUGUAGGAUGCAGUCCUAUCACUGUUAUCGGUGCCUCCUCCAGCUCUUGCUCUGCUCAAACUGUAUGUUGUGAGGAUAACAGCAGCAGCUUGAUUUCCAUUGGCUGUAUCCCUAUUACUCUUUGAGCUACUUAGAUCAUAUUUGUUCAUUCUAUUGAACACUGCUAUACUGACCCACGUCUUUUCUUUUUGUCUGUCUGUGCUUGCUUUGGUCCUGUCGUUCAUUUCAGGUACCACGUAUUUUAGUAAAUCUUGUCGUUAUUGGGGACGCUCGAAAAGUAAUAGAAUUGUUUUUUUGUGACUGCGAUAUGGCCCCACCCACUCCUUUCUCUUCAGUCCGUUUGAGUCGAAUUCAUAUGAUAUUGCCUAUCAUUGUACUGCGCACCU